UUGAAUCCGUUGCCGGGUACGAGGUUGUUGGUUCUUCGAAAAGGUCGGUCACAGACUCACAGGCUACGUACACCAUGGCUAACUUCAUGGCUCGUCGGCGUGCGCCCGAGUUGGUGGUGCCUGCCCGGGCGACGCCCCGUGAGACCAAGGCCCUCUCCGACAUCGACAACUUUCCCGGCCUGCGUUUCUACCUCGUUACCAUUGAGUUCUUCCGCGCAAACCACAGCGGGUCAUCCAUGGCUGUCGACCCAGCCAAGGUCGUCAAGGCCGCCUUAGCAGAGGCCCUGGUUUACUACUACCCAAUAGCCGGCCGUCUAAGGGAGGUCUCCGGAAACAAGCUCGUGGUGGACUGCACGGCGGAAGGAGUUGUGUUCGUGGAGGCUGAUGCCGCCGACGUCGCGCUAGAAGACUUAGGCCGGCAUCCGCUGCUGCCACCGUAUCCCUGUGCCGACCAGCUCCUGUGUCAUGGCGCCGAUCAAAAUGGAGAAGUCGUUGGGAAGCCACUCGCCUACUUUCAGGUGACAAGACUAAAACAUGGGGCGUUUGUAGUUGGCUUGCACAUAUGCCACACCAUUAUCGAUGGCUUUGGCAUAGGCCAGUUUAGCAACGCUAUAGCUGAACUAGCACGCGGGAUGGCACACCCAAGUGUAUUCCCCGUGUGGGAGAGGGAAAUCGUGAAGGCACGUACCCCACCGUGCAUCAGGAACGACAUCUACCCAGGAUACCACAGAAAGGGAUACCACGGUGACGAUGACUUGAUGCUGUCAACACCAGCUCAAGAUAUGGUCGGCAGGUACUUCCGCUUUGGUCCAAAUGAGAUAGCCGUGCUACGCAGGCAUGUCGAGGCAAGUACGAGGCCAUGUCGAUGCACCAAUUUCGAGCUGUUAACUGCUUUCAUGUGGAGGUGCCGGACAAUUGCGCUGGAGUACGAGAGUGGCCAGUACGUGCGCCUCGUAUUUGCCUCAAACGCACGCGGGAAGUCCAAAAUGCCAAUCCCGAGAGGGUACUACGGGAAUGCUUUCCUGCGCCCCAUGGUGGAGGCCAGGGUCGAUGAUCUUUGUGGCAAACCUCUCGGGUACGCGCUUGGGCUCGUGCAGAAGGCCAAGCUUAGCACGACGGAGGAGCACUUCAGGUCCAUGGUGGAUAUGAUGGCGCCGUUGCGCACUGCCUCGUGCCUGGCGGCCGAUAGACUGGCGUUCCAUGUGUCUGAUACCAGUCGGCUCGGAAAGGAUGCGUUGGAUUUCGGGUGGGCGAAGAGUACCGGGGGUGGGUUAGCGAUGAUAAGAAAGGCAAGCCACCACAUGGUUUGCAAGAGUGAAGACGGCGAGGGAACAAAUUUGGUGUCCAUGUUACUACCUGUGCCUGCGAUGCAGAGGCUCGCGAAGGAGGUCUCCGCUUGGUUGGGAUCUAAGUUUAUACACAGCUCCAUGUAGAAUUUGUUGACGUUCAUUUGUAAUAAGAAUUAAUUUGUUGACGUGCAUUUGUAAUAAGAAUU